AUGACGAACGUUCAACCGGGACAAUUACCAUUGAAAUCGAGAAUUUUGACUUUGACGUCGCCUUCUGAAUCCUCCGCCACGUCAUCUGAAAAUGAGAAUCAGAAGAAUAAAAAGGAGUUGGUACCUGUCCGUGCGACGGCCGGAAGAAUGCGAAGGGGCGGAGCGUUGCCGACGCAGAGAGCCGAACCGAUUCAUGUGCCGAAUCAAGUGGCUCAAAUGCCUAUUGUGAUGACGGGUUUCGUCUCACUGGUCCCCCAUACCGUACUCGACGCAAUCGCAAUGACAAACUGUCUAAUGGUGGUCCAAUGCACAGAACCAUUGGAAAUCUUCACAGGAAUCGAGACACCGAAUCGAUACGUAGUGCAUGAUAUGUACCUCCGUCCGAUCCUUUUCUGUGCCGAGAAAUCCAAUUUCAUCUCUCGUGAAUGUUGUGGAUCCGGACGCAAUUUCACCAUGGAAAUUCGUGAUAUGUACGGGGCGGAGCUUAUGAAGUGCUAUCGAGACAAUCCGUGUUUCUCGUGUACCGACUUUUUGGGUACUCAGUUUCAGGGACAACAGAUUGGACUCAUGAAGAAAGAGUGCUGUGAUGGAGAUUUCAAACUCCUCGGCGCCGGGUGUAACCAACCACUUCUCAUCCGUUCGCCGUGUUGUGCCUCGUGUGGUGGCACUCAAAUAUUCCCAGUGCUCACGUACACUGGCAUCAAAGUCGGAGAAAUCGUUCGCCUCUAUCCCGGAUUCCUUCAGGAAGCAUUCACCGACGCGGACACUUAUUUGGUUCAUUUCCCCUACGAUCUUCCACCAAUUCUGAAACUGUUGCUCAUCUCAUCCGUCUUUCUCAUCGAUUUCACCUAUUUUGAGGAUAACAAUUGA